AUGACUCAAGGAAGUGAGGAAAUUUCACAUCGAUUUGAAGCAAUUUAUGCAAAUAUAACUGAACAACAUGAUGGUGCGGGUGUAGGUCUGGGUCUGGGUGUGUAUUAUGUUCAUAUAGAAAACCCCACCUCCACCCGCUCGUCCUCAAGUAGUCAAAUCAGUUGCAGUUUCGCAUUGUUAGCACCCUAGUUGAACGAAUGCCAUCGAAAUGUAGAAAAAUUGUCGAUCUGAUCUUGCUUACGAAAGCAGCUUUGUUAUAAUUUAUCUUUUUAGUUAAACGAUAGUAGUAACAUAUUUUAUUAGUAAUUCUUAUAGAGGACGCAGCAGAAAUACUACAACUAUAUAUUCUUACGACGUACUCUGCUGCCAAUCCACUAUCUCAAAUGUAUUGUAGUACCGUACAAAUUUUUGAACCCGAUGGUUGUUUGUGUCUGACACGUACAAAGAGUGGGUAUGGGUGUGGGUGUGGGUGUAAGUGUGGGUGUGGGUGUAAGUGUGGGUGUGGGUGUAAGUGUGGGUGUGGGUGUAAGUGUGGGUGUGGGUGUAAGUGUGGGUGUGGG